CAAUUUCUUUAUUUGAAGCAUUAUUCUUCCCCACCACUUUCUUCUUCAUCUAAAAAUUCUGAAAAACAACAACAACACCCAAUAUAUCCCCCAAAUAAUAAUUCUAUACGUACACCCAUUAAUGGACAACAAUUUAGAAAUAUUGAAUCUAUUUUACAGCAACAACACCAACAACAACAAUUGUUAUUAUUACAUUCACAGCUAGCUUUAGGUGCUGGAAUGAAUCUUCCUCCCCCUCCCCAAAUACAUCCAGCGAUUGCGGGAGAUCCAAACAUCCUCGCUCUAGCAUUAGCCCAUCACCAUAACCAACAACAACAACGUCAAAAUCAAUUAAUAGGUCAACAACAACAACAUUCCCAACCACACCCUCUUCAAUUACCUUUUGUUUUUGCCCAGCAUUUAGCUGCAAUUGUUGGUGGACAACAACAACCCCAACAACAGCCUCAAAUGCCUAGUGUAGCACCUUCUCACCCAGAAAAAUUAAAUCAAAGUAAAAGCGACAAUUCAUCACCAGUCCAUCAAAAUAAUGAAAAUAUUAGAAAGAGAACAUCUUCUUUUAUUUCCUCAUCAUCUUCACAGCCUUCACUAGCUAAAAAGCAAUGUUCUCAGAGAUUGACUGAGACGCCUAUGAUACAAAAUGGAACAAAAAACGAAAAUAAUGAAUGUUGUGAUCAAUUAGAAAAAUCUAAAGAAAAUUAA